CAAUUUUAACCAGUUUAGGGUUUUUGGAUAAUCCAAUUGAGGAAGAGAAAUCACAUCUCCCAAAAUGAUUCGCACCGCAGUUAAGCUAUCGCUAUCUGCGGCCACUGUCAAUCGAACCGCCAAGCUCGGGGUCUCCAUCCUUCAUCGAUCACCGCCGUCCAGACUUGUCCACGACGGGAUCAACGGCUUGAACGCCAACCCCGUUGCUCUUCAGAUGAUCAACUACGCUCUCUCUCACGCUAGGUCUCAGAAAUCAGAUGAAUCGUAUGCGCAAGGUGUGCUUGUACUGGAACAGUGCCUUUCGACUCAGCCGAGCGAAGGGCAAGACCCUGCUGGUGAUAAUUCAAGGGGAAUGGUGUUGUUGGCCAUGUCCACUUUAUCAUCUGAAAGAGGAAAUUUCGGUGAAGCAAUGGAGAAGCUGCAAAAGGUUCAAGAUUUAACCAACUCUUCAGUUGGUGUUAGAGUUGCCGCCUUGGAGGCUCUUGUCGGACUUCACUUAGAGUUAGAGCAGGAUGAUACUUCAUCAGUGCUCGCAGAUAAAUGCUUAGAACUGUUGGAGAACAAUGAGCCCGGAUCAAAUGGUGGAGAUUUUAUAAACACUCGCGCUAGAGCAGUAAAAGGGCUUGUUGAACUUGUCCAUGGUAAUACUGCAUCAGCUGAAUCGUUCUUUCAAGGACUUAAGGACAACCUGGCAAUCACUGGUAGUACUGCUUUAUCCUAUGGAGAAUUCUUGCAUGCAACGCAGAACUUUUCGUUGGCAAAGGAUGUCUACCAGAAUGUUAUUCAAGGGGUGUCCAAGAACGAAGAGUAUGGUGACCUGAAUGCAUUAGCAGCCUGUAAUAUGUCUGCUGAGGAAGUUUCCCUAGCCGCCACAUGUGCUUUAGGACAACUUGAGGCUCACUUGGGGAACUUUGAUGAUGCCGAGGAGAUAUUGACUAAGGCUUUAACUAUAACCGAGGAACGUUUUGGCUCUCGUCAUCCCAAGGUUGGUGUUAUUUUAACCUGCAUAGCUCUCAUGUUUCGACGCAAAGCAAUGCUAGAGCAUUCUAGUGCUCUUUUGAUUCAAGAGGGACUUUAUAGAAGGGCAAUAGAGUUGCUGAAACCCCCACCAUUGGACUCAGAAGGUACAGAAGCAAAGGUAGAUAGAAGUGAUAUAGUGGCCCUUGCAAGAGGUGAUUGUGUAGGUGGGUAUGCUGAAGUGCUUUGUAUCCAACAGAACCGAAAGGAUCAAGGUGAAAAAGCAAAGAGUUGGGCGGAGGCUGUAUGGAGGAACCGCCGGCUGUCAUUGGCCGAAGCACUGGACGUAUCUAAUACUAGUUCAGCAGUUCCAAUUAUAGAUGCUCGAAUCAGCAGGGUCCUGUAAUGUCGUCAUUCCCAAUACUUGCAGUCGCAGUUGGAGGUUCUCUGGUGAUAUACAUCACAAGGAAUGAGAAGACGUGCUCCCAUUCCGUCUUAUGCCCUUUGCACUCGUCAACGAUGCAGCAAAUAUGUGAGGAUAUGAACCAAGCAUAUCUUUACACCAUGUGACAUCUUGGCAUGAAUGUAAACGUUAUGUACCUGUUUUCGGAUAAUGUAAGAGGUAGCUACGGUGGCCACUAUAUAUAGGUGAGAUGAGCAAUCCCUCGGAAAUAAUUGUGCUAUCAAGUGUGAGUUUCGAUUGACCUAAA